AUGCAGGUGCAACUAGAUGAAACAAAAACCCAAUUGGCAGAGUUAAGAGCAAUGCUUGCGAAGCAAGAGUCUAGGAACCAAGUCCCGAAUAAUGUAUGCUUCAGUGUUCAAAAUAAUAGUUCUGGCUCGACGUCGACAUUGGAUGCUUUAGAUACGAUAAAGACUAUUACUUGUUGUGAUUUGGUGUUACCUUACGGUGAUAUGAACCAAAAAUGUGCCAGAGGGAUGGUCUUUCCUUAUAAUGAUGGGUUCAUUCACUCACUUCCUUUACGCGAAAAUCACUUGAAGGUUAUGAUAGACAACAUAGAUGAAAGAUAUAAAGCUAUUCCUGUUCUUGUGAUGACAAAUGAAGUUGGUACCCUAGAAGAUGUAGUUGGCAGUGUAAUUCAAUGUCAGUGGAUCGCAAUUGUUCUUAGUAAGGAACAACAAAGCAAGGCGUCAUCACAACAACAAAUUCAGACCACAAGUGCGCGACCAUCAACCGCAAAGGUUGUUAUGGAAAAAAACAUGCCUAACCAAAAGAUCAACAAACCAAGGCCAAUAGAAUCACGUCGUGACCUUUUGAAGACCAACCUAGUGGUUCAUGUGGUAGCCGAUGCUGGACAUCUAGAAGCUGGGGCGUUUUCAGUUACAUAUGAAGAUUAUUAUCGUUUGUUGAAAAAACAAACAGCUGAUUUGUCCAUCAUAACAACUUGGCAGAUCCUUUUACAAUUAAUGCUUCAGAAACAUAUGGGAAAGUGUGCUUUCCUAAACCCGUAUAAGAUUCUUAGGAAAGUUUUUGAGAGGUAUGAAAAGAACACAUCAAUUCCAAUUGUAUGGAAGCUCACUGAGUGCAACCAAGCUGGUGUAUUGGAAUGUGAGCUGAGUGGACAUUAUGUAAUGAAUUGGAUCUUUGAUUUCGUGUUGAACAAACAACAUGGAUUUCCGAGUAGAUUUGGUACCCUUUGGAAUGACAAAAUUGCAUUUGAGGAAAAGGUCUUGGUUACAACUGUUGCUACAUGGGCCAGAGAAUUUCUGAAAAAUUUUAUGAAUGAUGUGGUUGUCUAAAAGUGCAUAUAAGUGAGGAUGAAGGGUAGCUGUUGUGUUUUGCUUUUAAAUGAGGUUGGAGGAUAGCUGCAACAUUUGAUUAUUGGACAAUACUUCUACAUGGGAAAACAAUUUUAUUUUUGAAUUUGUUUAUGUAAGUUUGAUGUACUUGGAAAUGACCAAAUCAUGGAGUUUUU